AUGCCUGGUACUAUCGUCCUACCACCUAGAGAACUGGAUUCUCUAAGUCUUGGAUACAAGAUCAGUUUUGUGCUGGUCUUCCCUCAGUUCCACGUUACCAACAACGACAUCGAGCGAACAGCCAAGGACAUUGUUAGACAUACCUUGCAAGGUGUACGUUUCUGGCAGGACUGCAAGACUUGUAAGACGCCUCAUCAGUACAGUCUACCUGUUUCUUCUCUGGACCGAAGCCUAAACCAUCCAGUGCGCAAGUACUGGCAGGUCGACAUUGACGAUGAUGCUCAUCUCCACGACGGAGAUUUCGACAAGCUUACUGAUAGGUACUUCGUCGUUGGGGUACAGGUCAUCUCUCGCGCCUUCAGAUUUCACGGUGAUACUAAAUGCCCUAAGGACCCUUCUGCUCACUCGAACUUCGUCUUCCACGAUCAUCAUGGCAAGCGUGCAGCUCACCACUGGACAAAAGAGCUGAAGGCUGUUGACGAAGCACUGAUUCUCCUUGGGCAACGACCAAACUACCGUGUUAUCACUAACGAAUUCACUAACUUCCAGGUCUACAAUGGAAACGAUGUAGCUGGAGUUCAUAUGGAUGUCGCCAAAAGCCUUCUUGCCAUCUUCACAGCCUUUGAGAGACAAUUCGAUGCCAUCAACAUCACCACUAGAAUUGGCGGUGGUGUUCGUGGUGACGUCGCUCAGACUAGUAUCCAGCAAGAAGCAGGUGAGUCUUGUAAACCGAUGUCCAGCGUGAACAUGGCCCAUCUGAAAGUAAUAGGAGAAUCUCCAAACUACAACAUCCCAGACUUCUUGCGUAUGUUCCUCAAAAGCAAACUCACCAGGUCACAGCUUCCAGGCUUUACCGACAACAACCGGAUCUCAAGCUUGCACACUGCCCUCGAUGUCUCUCGUGUCUGGGACAGCGAACUUCUCAACAAGAUCCCCGAAUACGUCAAGUACUGCAUGAAGAAGCCAACCAUUGGUUUCCGUUCUCACGCCGGUACCCUCAACAGCGAAGAGCAAAUCGCUUGGAUUGAUCUCUGCUCUUCUCUAACAGAGUUCUGCUACCAGAAAUCCACCGAUCAUGUCUUUAGAUGGUUGUCUGUUCGCUGGCACAUCCCUCACACUGAUUACACCAUCAUGGAAAUCAUGAGACAUAUCGGUGGUAUUCACAGAACGACCUUUGAGUACUACCGUACCGUGUCCUCCAAAGUCGCUGAUCUGGACUCGAGGCUUGUGCAGCCUCAUCUCGCUGAUAUCAUAGCCGACUACGACAGGGAAAAUGCUCAUAGCGAUUCAUUGAAAGAGACAAAAGUUGUCAAAGCAAUUCUCGCUAGACGUGUUGAGCAGACGAAGGCUGAGAAUGUUAGAGAUGAGAUCAAGCAAAAGUUCGAGCUUGGUCUGUAUGGUAAGUUCCCAAAAGACACUGUUGUCGAGUUUUGCAGGACCCAUGGAGAGAAGAUGGCGUACGUCAGGGGAGAUCACAAGACUUUGAUCCUCGAUUAG